CGGGAUUUCCAGGCAAAAAAGGGCGGGAUGGUGGGAUUAACAGCGAAUAAAACGUUGUCUGUCCAUUUUAAAGUGAUACUUUUUGGGGUCAAAUAAAGCUUGAGCCAAGCCCAGACUUUAAAUAUGUUUUACAAUAAUCAAAAUAAAUUUUUAACCUUUUUUGACCUUGAAAAUAAAUUUCUAACUUUUUAAAACAAUGGCAAUUGUUUCGAACAUUUCUUUUAACCAUAAGGAAAAUAAAGUAAUCGCUAGCCGUCAAAAUGCCAAAAUAUUGAGACCCUCCAAAAUAACAGGUGAUUGUGACGUUUUAAAUUUCUCAGACGCAGUUUGGACGGAAAACAUUCGGUGCCAUUUCAGUGUGACAAGGCCUAAAAAAUGUCGUUUUGUCGCCUGAAUAAAAAAGUGUUUGCUGCCGCAUAAUUUAGAUUAAAACAUUCCGCGUGCAUCCCAUGGUGAAUAUGCAAAUUGCUCAACUCGCAAAACGAUUUUAAAGGUGCCGAGCAGUGAAGUUGUUCGGUUCACGCCUUCUUGCCGAGGGAACGGCCGUCAUGGAAGGCGAAGAGAGCAAACACGUCCCUGAAAGCGAAAUUAUCAGGUCUCCUUUGCAAAUGCCGAGAGUUUUCAACCGACUGGUUGAAUUACCGAUUGUCAAAUCAACAUGUGGUCGAGUAACGGGCAUAUACGACCUCGCCAAAGAAAAGAGUAAAGUCGCCAUGAUCGGUUUGAGCGCAACUGAAGUGUCGUUGAAGGCGGUCGGGGCCGCUGUGAAGGUUACAUACACUGCUUUGCCUUCGUCUGGUUUGGUUGGGAGUCUGAAAGGCAGCUUUGAAAAGAAAGUUUCUCAAGUUGAUAACAUGGCUUGCAACGGACUGCAGUUCUUGGAGAACAAAUGGCCAGAGGUAAAAGACUGCACAGGCAAGGUACGUAAGGACGCUAACUUUCUGGGGAAAAUUUAAAAUAAUUGAUCUGACACAAUAAAAACAAGACGAUAAGCUGUCCUUUGAUUGUGCUUGCUGUUUCAAAUUCGGUUAAAUGUGAUCGGUAAAGCAUUUGUUGUUAGAGUGGUUUUCAAUUGAGUGCCGAAAGACCAAAACCAUAGUUAUCACUCUGGCCAAACACAUAAGACACAAGCAAUCCGAUGAACCAAUCAAAA